AGUACGAAUCAAUAAAAGGAAUCAAGAAAUUACGUCUCGAAGUUUACAAUAUGGCGCCCAACGUGGGGCGAGGACUCACUGGCUAAAAGAUUCGAUUGAAGAAGACAAGCGAUCAGAGCGAGCGGCAUCAUGAGCGAAAAGGAGCUGAAGGAGAAACUAGAAAGGCUUAGAGCGUCGCGAGGAGCCCACAGAGGUGUCCUUACCAAGAGGAUUGGAGAAGCAAACGAGAUACUCGAAUCAGAAGGUAUGCUGAGUAAUGAACAAAUUAAACAAUUAGACGCAUUGCAUCGUUUACUGGAGAACAAAUUGAAACUUGUCGAAGGCCUUGACGAAAGCAUUUUAUCAUUAUGUGAAGUUGAAACUAUUCAAAACGAGAUCGAGGAUUCAGAGAGGGUCCUGGAAAGGGUGGUUGAAUGUCAGAAAAGCAUACAAGAUGCCUUAACAAAAGGGAAGAAUGAAUCUAGCGCGCAAGAAAGCCAAAUCAAUCCCGGCCAAGGUUUACCUGGCGUGGCUUCAACAGCAAUGAAUGUUCAAGCGAAAGCGAAGUUACCUAAGUUGAUAUUACCUAGAUUUAGAGGAGAUGUAACUAAGUGGACCAGCUUUUGGGACUCUUACAAGACAGCAGUGCAUGAAAAUAUGGCAAUUUCUCCUAUCGAUAAGUUCAAUUAUCUCAAUUCACUCCUCGAAGGCCCUGCCUCUCGAUCAAUUCAAGGUUUAUCUUUGACCGAGCCGAAUUACAAAUCUGCAAUCGAAAUUUUACAUGAGAGGUUCGGAAGAACGCAACAAAUAAUUUCCGCACACAUGGAGGAACUGUUGAAAUUGCCAAGCUGCUCGACAUCCGAGCGUUCAAAUUCUUUGAGAUUUGUGUACAACAAAAUCAGCGUCCACAUUCGUGGCCUGUCUUCACUGGGCGUUGCCUCUGAUCAAUACGGCGGUUUAUUAAUUCCAGUGGUUAUGUCUAAGCUUCCCAAUGGACUUCGUGUUAGAAUCGCUAGAGAAACGACGAGUGCUGUUUGGAAAAUUGAAGAACUGAUGGAUGUAAUCAAACGAGAAGUUGAAGCAAUAGAAGUUAGCGAGAAUGUCAAAAUCACCGAAGAUCGAAAUCAGAAACCUCCACCGUACCAAAACAAGAAUCCCAAGUAUCCAACCGCCAAUUCGUUAGUAACCAAAGAUGACCAAACAGCAAAGAAAAAGCCGGAAAUACGAUGUGUUUAUUGUAACGAUUUACACUAUUCAGCGUCUUGCUGGAGGGUGACUGAUCCGAACCACAGAAGAAGUAUACUAAUCGAGUCAAAACGAUGUUUUAAAUGUUUAUUUCCUGGGCAUCAAAUCAAGGACUGCAGGGGCUCAAGGAACUGUCGUAACUGCGGAGGCCGUCAUCAUCAGUCAAUUUGUUUAGGAGGAUAUCGAGAAACGCGACUAGCCGACAAUAACACAAACAACGAAGAAGCAACUUGUUUGGGGAGGACCACUACCACCGCAACUACAAGUACGAAAAGAGCCAAGGGGAGCAUUUUGUUACAAACUGCUACCACCACAGCAACAAACGAAGACCGAUCCAAGUCCGUUCCCGUACGAAUUUUAUUCGACAAUGGUAGUCAACGUUCAUACGUGAUCGACCACAUCAAAGCAAAGCUGGGUUUAACUGCAACGGCGACUGAGACCCUUCACUAAACACGUUU